AUGGUGGCCGCCGGCCCGGCGGAUCCGAUCUCGGGUCUCACGCUGGAUGCAGCGGAUAUUCUCUUGUUGGUCAGCUUGCUGGCCAUCACACUUGUGGUGAACAAUGUCAUUCAGAAGCAGUCCUGGCCAAUUCCGGAGGCCAUCUCAACCAUCCUUGUGGGGAUCGGCCUGGGAGCCGUGGCCGCGGCAUUUCCGGAGGCAUUCUUGCUUCUAGAGGGUGCCAAAGUACUGGUUUUUGCAGCAUUUCCUGCACGUGUCCGGGUUGUUCCCGCAGACCUCUGA